AUACGCACGCGCAGUGCUCAGCUCCCUUUUCCUCGGCGCUAUUGGCAGUUCCUGUGUCUGUCUGUGUUCCCGCCAUUUUCCCGUGGACUGUAUGUUCCGUACAUGUGAUUGUAUAUCAGAGUGUGUGGAAGGUAACGAUGAACCAAGCCCACCAGAGGUUCCUCCAGGUGUUAAUGUCCCAUGGCAUAUUGGAAGCAUCUGUUUUAAGAGGGUUGCAUAGACAUUGUUGUGAGGUUCACAAAGUCCAGUAUAUGCAUGACAAGCUAGAUGAUUUUGUUUCUAUCAUCAACAAACAUUUGCAGCCUGUGUUUAUGCAGAUAAGGAAAGGAACUGAUGAAAAUGAUGGAAAAAAAUACUAUGCUCUGCUCAACCUUGCAGAAAAUGAUGUUACUAAAAUGGCCUCAGAUUUUGGGGAGAAUGAACUGGAAUUGUUCAGAAAAACGAUGGAUCUAAUUAUUGACUCUGACAGUGGGUUUGCAUCUUCCACAAACAUUUUGAAUCUUGCAGACCAGCUUCAAACCAAGAAAAUGAAGAAGAAGGAGAUUGAACAACUAUUGCAACAGUUUGUACAAGACAAGUGGUUGAUCGAGAAAGAAGGAGAGUACAGUCUUCACACUCGAAGCAUAAUGGAAUUGGAACAUUAUAUUCAGAUUACUUACCAAGAUGUGGUCAAACAAUGCAACAUUUGUCACAACAUUGCAAUUCAGGGUCACGUUUGUGAAAACUGUGGUAUCAAGAUUCACUUGACAUGUGUGGAAAAGUAUUUCAGAGGACAGUCUGGGCCAAGAUGCCCUCAGUGUACAGAGCAAUGGAUGCAAGAAAUUCCAAUAUUUUCACAGGCGAGUCCUGAAGCACCAUCCACUUCCCAGGUGUCCAGAGUGGAAGGGAGAAGAAAAAUUGUUUCAACAGCAUCCACUAGGACAAGACGACAUUUAUAACUCCAAAAUGAUUUGUGGUUUCGAUUUUGUAUAUAUUUAAUUUGUGCUUUCAUACAGUUUUGUGUAUUUUUUUUUUUUUUUAGUUCAGUCUUCUGGACUUUCAGUGUUUACAGAAAGUGCCGCCAAAUACAAACUACUCCUACUUGGCGUAUAAUCUGUGAACAGAAAUACUUCUCCGGUCGAUCCCCUGAGACCCUGUUAUUCCCUUAUUAGGUGCCAUCAUUUGUUUCUCACUUAGAAUAGAGAAGGUGAAGCCAGGCUGUCAAUCGCUGCAUACACAUCACGAACUCUUGUGACAGUCGCAUGUCAAUGUGUUUUUUUGCGUGUUAGUGGCUAGGGGGCGUGGUUAUAGGUUGAAUAGCCUUGUUUAGUCUUGUUGAGCUGCGUAUUUCAGGGAAAGAAGGAGUUAGUUUGGACCAGAUUAUGUGGGUACCAAUAUGGUGUGGAAUGGAAAUGUUUGGGCGUAUAGAAAACCAAACGAGGAAAAGUACCCCCCCCGGUACAAUGGGACUUCCUGGGCCAACUAAUUGUAUACACAGUGUAUCGUAAAAACUUUCAAGUUUAUUAAUAUACACAUUUUAAAAACAUGUUUGUGAUG